AUGACCUCUACAACUUUGACAAUGGACCCCCGCAACGAACACGUCCUGAGAGAAUUUCAGGCGGGGACGUUGCCUCUCGUCAUUUACCAAGGCACUACCAUGUACACAUGCGACACAAGACUGGGAGAAGGUGCCUAUGGGUCGUGCUAUAAGGCAGCCACGGAAUAUGAACGGUGCGUCCUGAAGAUAUCGUAUUGCCCUCCCGAGAAACCCAACAGCAAGGUGGUAGCCACAAACGAAGCUCAAAUCCUGUCUACCUUGAGCCAUCCAUACAUCGUCCAGUCCCACAGGAGCUUCGAGGUGGGCAAUCUGACCAUCCUCGUGCUAGACCUGUAUGAAGGCGGGGAUUUGCAUGCCAAACUCGCGUGCAGUAGGGUUAACGGGCAAAAAUCGGGUCUUCCUGAGGCUGAAGUCUCCAGGGACUUAAAGCCCGCCAAUGUUCUCUUGGAUGAUCGUGGAAACGCCCGAGUUGCCGACUUUGGCUUUAGCUUCUAUCUGUCGGAUGAUCUAAUGACCUGCCGUGCUGGGACGCCUGGGUUUUGCGCCCCAGAGGUCCUUGCAAAAAAAAAUUAUGGCGAAGAAAUCGACGUGUUCUCGUACGGAGUAAUGGUUCGCCAGCUGCUUUACGGGAUACACCCUGUGAGCAGGAGAGAACUGGAGGGAGGAAGCGCCGCGGCAAGGAAGUUGAUAAACGACUGCAUGAAAUCCCAGUACCAGCGAGUAUCCUUCGCCGAACUGCGAGAGUACGAGUUCUUCGCUCGCUGGAGGAACGCCAACGUCAAUGGCAAGCGACCCCUGCGAAGCAGCGACACCAAUGAGGAACCCAAGAAGCGCUUAGCACUUUCACCCUCAUCAGUAUCCGCUUCCGUGCCCGCCUCCGUGACCCCUAAUGUCCACGCUGUCGCCUCCACCACCUCGCACUGCCAUGUCGCCGAGGCAGCUCCAGAGCUGGUUGAGGAGCUGGCUGGUCUCCCUCAUAUCCCGAUUGCCGAAGACCCUAUGCCAUUCUGGAUGGUAUUGAUCACACCCGACCCCGACCUGGUGUUCAUGCUCGCCGUCGCCCAGAUGGAUCCCCUGAACGAUCCGUUGAGUUUGGCUGUGGGUGAAGACCAGCAGGAACUCACUGACUUUGGAUUCCUGGACCAGCUCUGCAGUACUCACGAGUCGUGA